CUCAGUGCGAUUGGAACCCUUGGCUCGAGAUGCGAUCGCUUUUGUCGCUUCUAUCGCUGCUAGUGCUGCUCCUGAUCCUUCAGGAUUCUCCCUGCAGCGGAACCGGAAAAGUGAUUUAUUUUAACCACCUGAAUGCCACACAAUCAAAAAAGACGGCCAAAAAUGAGACGGAUUUGCUGGGCAAAUCCAUGUUAUUUGACACGCGAGGCAAUCGCUGUCGACAUGGUUUCAUUCGUGAUCAUCAUGGACGUUGCCGAAGGAUUGUCUAAAAAUGGAAUAUUCCGAUUAGCUUAGUUUAUUUUUAGUUUUUUUGUUGUGUUUAUGUUAAGUCUGUGAUUAAAGAGAAAUGAAAACAAAUUUUGUAAAUCUUAUAGAUAAGAACCAAAAAGAUUGCCCCUGUAUCUACAAGAUACUUUCCUAUUUCAAACUCUAAACUCAAAUUGACAUCAUUGAGAGUUGAGGUUUGAGUAAAAUGCGCAGUAAA